UGUUAUUAUUUCCUGUACGGUCCGCAACGCUGUCGUUUCAAACGUCCAGUCGUAGACCGAACGUUCCGUGAGUUUAACCGCGUUCGAGCGAUAACUCGUGAAAAACGAAAGGCUGAAUCGGUUUUCGAAUGACAGCUAGUGGGAUUUCACCUUUACGCUCUCUACAACACCUUAAACGUAGGUUUUAAUAUCAGUGCCUCCUUUGAAAGGGAAAAAACACCGAUUUUAUCUGUGGAUAUUGACAGUGAUCCGACUCGAAGGACCAUAGUUUGUUAUGAUAAGCACGUGUGUUGUUGCGGGGCAAUACUACUAAGUUCCCGUCCGAUGUUCCGAACCGUGAUAGUUUUUAAGAAGUCCCCGCGAUGAAUUGAAGUGCUACAAGAUAACCCCUUUCUAAUUUGCAGAGUGCAAAUAAGAUGAUCACUAUGCGUUCCAGUUCGGUGGCCAAAAUGACCAAACCUCCGCCUCCCGUACCUCCCAGACCUUCGAAAACCAUCGUUGCGGAAGCGCUGGCCAAAAGAAGGAGAAUGCCGGAAGAUACCAACACGAUUCCGGUCAGAUCUGCACCACCGCCGCCUCCAACGGACCUGUCUAGGUCCCAGUCGACUGUGAAUUUUAUGCUGAAGAGACCGGCGACCUACGAUAGGUCCAUUUCCGACGAACUGAAAUCGAACUCGAGAACCCUGAUUUUCCAAUCUUCCAACAUGAAAAGCUCCAAUAAUAACGUGCUUGUGCGUAAGGACUCGUACAAUAAGAAAGUGACAGUUAAUAAUUCUUACGUGAAUAACAGCAGUGAGCAGCCGUCCAACAACAACAACAACAACAAGGUUUCGAGUGAAAACGACGUUAUCGUAACAUCGAAGAAUAUCUUGAACUCCUGCGAUGCACCGAAGGAAAACACAAUAAAGAUCUCACCGGAUAUUCAAACCACGACGAACGUCACUGUGAACUCUCAAAUUGUCACGUGUAUGAUUCCGAGCCAAAAUACGCCUAAAUCCCGGAGUGUCGAAAAACUAUCGGCGUCCCCGACCGGGACCUUGGGGAACACCGUGGACGAUGCGAAAAGACGCAAUAGUUUCGACGAGAAAUGGGAAGGUAUGCUAAAAGACAAGAACCACGUAAACAAGCUGAUAGACGAGAUGUUCGCCAGUGUUUUGGAGGCUUCUAACGGGGAAGAAACGACGAACAACUCGUGUCAAACAACCUCGACGACAAAGGUAUCUACUGAUAGUACAACAAUUACGAUAAACGGUUGUGACAACAAGUAUGAGUCAACUUGCGGCUUUGAAGCGAAUGGAUCAACUGUGCUGAUUAUUGAGAGCGGUGAUAGCGCUAAAAUAGAGUCUAAUGCGAACUCGCUGACUAAGAUCAGGGGUUCCGCGGAAAAAAUCGACCUAUCCUCCGAUAAAAGCAAUUCCUCCACGAUGGAGAAGAAAAGUGUCAAGUUCGAUGAUAAGAAGAACGCAGAGUUCUUGAUCCAAGAACUGGAAUCCAUGCGGAUGGAGCAGGAGAAGAUUAUGAAGAGGCAGAGGAAACCUUCCUUGGACAUUUACGGUUGUGUCAAAAGUGAGCAAUGUGAUAACGAGGAUGACAUGAGUAACUAUCGCUUGAACAUUGUUGACAUGGGGAAAGGAGCGACAUUAGAUUAUGACAGGUUAAAGACGAUGUCUUCCCUUCACGGCUUACCACCCCUUCCAAAAAGCCUGAGUGGCUUCAACCUUGACGAAGACUAUUCGAACCCUUCAACCCCUGCCAGAUCAUCAUCCAUGAGAAGUCAACAAGGUUCCCUCUCUUCCUUUGGAUCAGGUCAUGGGGGCUUCCAUCAUUUCAAGAGUGUUAAUGGAGCCUCAGAUUUAUCGUCCAUGGGACAAAGUAGAAAAUCUACGAAUUUAGAUGCCCAGCUUGCCAUUUUGAAGCGAGAAAUGUAUAGUCUUCGGCAGCUGGACCUCUCCCUCCUCUCGCAGCUGUGGUCGCUCAACGAGUCAAUCCAGGAUUUCCGACAAAUCUUGCAGGACCAAGACGAUUGCAGGGUGUUGUCUCCACCUUCCCCUUCACCGGCCCCCUCGUCAGGAGACGAAGGCGACGGUGAGGAGCAAUUCUACGUAAAUGCCGCAUCGGCAACCCCCUCUAUCAAGUUCAGACCUGCGCCACCCCCGCCCCCUGUGAGAAGGUCUAGUAAUUCUUCCAACGCAUCGACUGGUGGUUGAGUGGAGAUAACUAGGCCAUCAACAUCCUGUAUAUACAUACCGAUUGUCCGAACACAUUGAGGUUGAUUAGUAUUCUUUGUGCAGCAUAAGGAUGUUAUUGUGUAGUGAAUUAAGAUUGUUGUUGAUUGAAUUGAAGUCGUGUGAGUGAUAUCAAAAACUGAACAAGUGUUUUACAUUGUGAUCCUCAUUGAAUUCGUGAUGUGAUUUUUGAUUCCAUUUCUAAUAGAAUAACUUCAUUGUGAUAUUAAAGCCUUCAUGUAAAGUUUGGUUAUUCAGAAUUGUGAAAUUUGUGAUUGUAAUUAUUGGAUUUGGACCUAAAAGAAAAAAAAAUUGAGUAGAUGUAAAA